AGCAUAUUGUCCAUGUGGUUCAAUUAAAGAUAUUGAUAUUAAUGAAUAUAGAAGAAAAAUAUGUUGUAUUAUAGUUUUAUCAAUUGUAUUGGAUACUUGUUUGUCAAACAGAAAUGAUUGGAUA